AUGCAGGACACCUUAGCCGAUCUCGACGAAAUCAUAUCAAUGGAAGAAAAAAUCAAUGAUAUGGUCGACUGCAAACCUGAGGAUGCUACACACACAAAGUUCCAGAGAAAUAGAUCCAAGCCGGAGCUUAUGGGUACUAGACAGUGCAUUUUCUGCGGGGAUAACCACAAAUCACUCCUCUGCAAAAAAUGCACCACACUGGAAGAUAGACGCGCUAUUUUCCGUGGACUGAAUAAAUGUCUUAAUUGCGCUGAACAAGGACAUUUUGUCAAAUCUUGUACGAAAGAAGGAUGCAAGCAAUGCAAUGGAAAAAAGCAUCACCAUACGCUUUGUCCACAACGUCUUCCACCCUUGCGAAACAAACCUACGCAAACACUGAAGGAAGAAAUAGAGCACGAGUCAGCGCAACCAGAACCACCUACUGCACAUCAAAACACACCGAAAGGGGCGAGGAGGGCUCCACAAAGAAAAUCAAAACCAGCACAAGCACACUUGCUCGAAACAGCUUCCUGUGCUUGCAAAACCGCUACGCUUCACGAAGAAAAAGGCAGUUCAAACACUGUUCCUUGCACUAUAAAGAAGGGGAACAGUCCUGACAGUAUCAGUAAGGAAACUCGAAUUGAGGGAAAGAGUGUUCUUUUGCUAACCGGAGUUGCUCGAGUGAAGGACUCGAGUCGGAAUCUCUGGAAAGACGUGGAAGUCUUAUUGGACACAGGCGCUGACCAGUCCUUCAUUAGUCGAGGACUUGCUGAAGAACUUGGUCUCAUAUGUGAAGGGCAAAAAAGCUUCGAAAUGUACACCUUUGGUACAGAAACGCCCAGGAAAACCACAUGUGGAGAAACGUGGUUAGACCUGUGGGACCAUGAAGGU